AUGUAUAUGAUAUUCUAUAAUUUGGAUGUGUUUUUUAAGGAAGCAAUGAAAACUGUGAAAGAGCUCAGAUAUCUGAAGGUCAUAGUCCCAUGUGAAAGAGAAUUUGCAGAAGAAGAGGAGGAGAAGGCGAAACUGUGUGACCAACCCAGCCAAGUCGCUCCCUUCCAAGAAAGAAAGGCAUCGAGAAAAAAGCCAACGGCACCUCACGCCGUCACCGUUUGCCAGCUCACACUUCCGUACCUUUCCCCACGCCACGUCACCACUGACGCUUAUUGUCUCGGCACGUUGCUCCGUCCCCGCAGAACACGUAACGACGUUCCACGAAUCGCGUUACCAACGCCCUGUCGUAUGCGAUUCUCCAAUCUGGCGCAAUCGAAGUCUGUUCAAGAAAAGGGUCGGCCACUACCAAAAUUUGGUGAAUGGGAUGUCAAUGAUCCAGCCUCAGCUGAGGGGUUCACAGUGAUAUUUAAUAAGGCUAGGGAUGAGAAAAAGACAGGUGGCAAUCCUGAGUCGCCAGCAAAGACUGCUACUGAUCCUCAUAGCAAACCUGCCGUAGAUCCUGGCAAAACUCAGACUAAAAAAUGGUUUUGCUGCAUGCAAAACCCAUCUGCUGAAUCAUAG